CUUUUCCUAUUUACAAAUUUUCAUUGGGCAUUUUAGAUUUCUCCUCUUGUGGGGUUUUGACCCAAAGUUUCAAUCUUUUUCAAUUUGGUGGGAAAAAACCCACAAAAAUUUCAAGAUUCAAAUUCGGAGUUUAACGGGUAAUCGUUCUUUUACCCUAUUUACUUUCAUUUAAAUUUGAAUUUUGUUUUAGGCCAGAAAUUCUGGUACUGAAUCUAGGGUUUGAAUCUGGCGUGUUGAAUGUGAAGAUUGGUUCUUGAUAAUUAACAACGUCCCUUUAGUUGAGGGAUCCUUAGGAUUCAACUUCAGGCAUCUGUACUCUUAUUCAGCUGGUCAUUGGGUGUUAUUACUGAUUGUCAUGUCCUAGUGACAGUGUGGAUCAAUAACCAGGUGAACAUUGAAGAGCCAUAUCACUGUGAGACUAUGGAGUGCAAUAGAGACGAGGCACUUAGGGCAAUGACUAUUGCUGAGGGAAAAUUUGAAAAUAAGGAUUUUACUGGUGCUAAAAAAAUUGCCUUGAAAGCACAAAUUUUAUAUCCAGGACUUGAAAGCAUUUCUCAAAUCUUGACAACAUGUGACGUGUACAUUUCUGCAGAGAAUAAAGUAAAUGGGGAAGUAGACUGGUAUGGAAUACUUGGUCUAAAUCCCUCUGCAGAUGAUGAAACAAUAAAGAAGCAAUACAGGAAGUUGGCUCUUCUGCUUCACCCUGAUAAAAACAAAUCUGUCGGUGCUGAGGGUGCAUUUAAGUUUCUUUCAGAGGCCUGGAGCUUGUUAUCUGAUAAAGCCAAGAGGUUGGCUUAUAACCAGAGGAGGAGUAUUAAUGGGUUUCAACAGAAAGUUCCAAUACAUGCUAGUCAUCCAGCAGCACCACCUAGAACAAAUGGAUAUCAUAAUUCUGCAAGUAGGGCAACUGCUCGAAAGAACCAGAACAAUAGGGCAAGGGUGGUCCCCACAUCAGUUCCUACUCCAUCCCAUCAAAGAACUGAUACUUUCUGGACCAUGUGUCGUAAAUGCAAGAUGCAUUAUGAGUAUGUUAAGAUGUAUCUUAAUCACACUCUUCUUUGUCCCGCUUGCAACAAUCCCUUUAAGGCUUCAGAGACAUCUUCACCAUUCGGCUUUUCCAAAUCCUCAAAUUUAGCUUCUCGACACCGGCAUCAGAAUUCGAGUAGUCAUGCAAAUAAUCAAAAUCAUUCUGCUCGGGGAAGAAAUUUUGCAGGUGCUCAGAAAGCAGGACCUGGAUACACUGGUUCGAAUUCUUCGAGAUAUGCAAAUAUCCUGCAGAAUUCGGUUCCUGGAAAUGCGACAAAGGCAACAAAUGGUGUUCAGCAGGCACAGGAGAAAAUGAAGAGAGCAUUUACUGAAUCACACGUCACUGGUGGGUUGGAGGGAGAGUGUAGAAAGAGAAAAAUAGAUGAUAGAUAUCUAAAUGGAGUGAACUAUUACGAAACCCAGGGCGCAGGUGGGUUCGGAAGUGCAAGUUCAUCGGGGUCAAGGAUCUAUUGUUCUGGCAGCAACAGUCAGCUAAACAGCAGUAGAGAGCUGCCAUGGCUAGAAAUUCGAAAAAUGCUCAUGGGAAAAGCUCAAGAGGAAAUUGUGAAGAGGUUAAAUGAAUGGAGAUCAGAGCCCACAGCUAAAGCUGGAGAUAAAGUAAAAGAUAAGCGAAAAGAGUACCAAAGACAGAAACACGAUAGCACAGUUGAUAUUGGUGGACAUGAUCAUAAUGGGAACCGUGUGCUUUCUGCUACUAAUAUAAGAGAACAAGCACAAACAGGUUUUGUUAUCUCUGCUACUGAUAAUUCAGAUGAAGAGGAUCCUGCAGCAGCAUCAAUGAAUGUUCCAGAUCCCGACUUUCAUGAUUUCGACCAGGAUAGAAAUGAAAGUUCUUUUGGAGAUAAUGAGGUUUGGGCUUCUUAUGAUAAUGAUGAUGGCAUGCCUCGUUUCUAUGCUCUUAUUAACAAGGUGAUUUCAAGGAAUCCAUUUAAGCUGAGGAUCAGCUGGCUUAAUUCAAAAACUAACAGUGAAUUUGGUACUGUAGGGUGGGUAGGCUCAGGUUUCUAUAAAACAUGUGGGGAGUUUAGGGUUGGAAAAUACGAAAUGUGCAAAUCUAUUAAUUCUUUUUCUCAGAAGGUUAAUUGGUCAAAAGGCCCACAUGGGACUCUUCAAAUAUUUCCCAAAAAGGAUGAUGUUUGGGCAUUAUAUAAAAAUUGGUCGCCCGAUUGGAAUGAGCAUACCCCUGAUGCAGUUGUCCACAAGUAUGACAUGGUGAUGGUGCUUGAUGACUACAAUGAGGAACGUGGUGUCUCUGUUGCUCCUCUAAUUAAGGAAGUUGGUUUUAAGACUGUAUUUCGGCCAAAUUUGGAAUUGGAAAAGGUUAAGAGGAUACCUAAAGGAGAAAUGUUUCGAUUUUCUCAUCUGGUCCCUCGCCACUUGCUUUCAGGCCAAGAAGCUCAGAAUGCUCCAAAGGGUUUUUUGGAGCUGGAUCCAGCAGCUACCCCACUGGAACUUCUUCAAGUUUUAAUGGAAACUAACGAGUGACCAAUGAAGCUGGAGAGAGAUGUUAAGGGCGACCUAUUGGAUGGACGAGAUAUGCAGGUUUUUGGAUGUGCACCAGUGUUUUGAGGCUUUUUGAUUUCGCAAAUGACGAGCCUGACUGCAAUUGAAGGAUAUUGAAACUUUUUGUUUAGUACGUUGCAUUUGGUGGAUAUGUUUAUUCUCGGCUUGUAAUGUUUUGCAGGUUAACUAUCCCAAUCAAGGUUCAAUUUUGACUGUCAAAUUGAAAUAUAGUUGGAAAAGAAGAAAGAAGAUGCAUAGAUGUAAUUCCUCUAUAUCCAAAGAGAAUACGGUGUAUAUUUUUCUAUUCUGUUGUGAAAGGCAAGGGAUUUUUUAUUUUUUGUUC